AUGCGUCGAUUUUCAAUUUUGGACUGGUCACUUGAACAAAGAUGGAUGAUUAUAUUACUCAUAUUUCUUGUUUUUUAUAAUGAUCCAUUUUAUCCAUUAACAUUCCUAACAAAUAAUUCAUUUCCAUCAAUUCUCGAUGGUAUUUUACAAGCCACGUUUCUUUGCAUUCUAUUACUAUUUUGGCUUAGUGUUUAUCAUGGCAUACGUCAAAAUGUUCGUCGAUUUCUUCCAUUUUAUUUACCAAAAUUAAUUCUUGUUAGUCUUCUAUGGAUAUUCUCUAUUGUACUUUCAUCGGUUCGGAUUGUACAAGAAUAUCGAGAUCCAAUGUAUAACAUGACAAUUGAUAUAACACAAUUUACUACAUAUCGUGUUAUGUUUUAUAUUAUUGGAAUCUUCUAUAUUCUAUAUUUGCUCUUUUUAAUUAUUCGAGCAUUUGGUGAACUUCGUAAUAUGCCCUAUUUCGAUGUUCGAUUAAAAUUUACAACAGUUUUAAUGCUUUGUGUUGUAUCAAUUUCAAUUCUUAUUACAACACUUCGAUUUGGUUCGGGAAUUAUUGAAGAGAAUUUCGUACCGGAAUUAGCAUCACGUUAUAAAAAUUCUGUUGAAUUUAUCUCAUUUUAUAGUUUAAUUAAUUUUUAUUUAUAUACAAUGGCAUAUGUAUAUUCACCAGCAAAAAAUGCAGCAAUUGAUUCAUUAUUUCGAGAUAAUCCAACAUUUUCCAUGAUAAAUGAUUCAGAUGAAGAUGUUGUUUAUGGAUCUGAUCAUGAAGAAUCUCAAUUAACAUCAACUAGAUAA